AUGGCCGGAGCGGGAUCGUGGGAUCGGGAUCGGAGGAUGGUCGCGGGCUUCCCGACCGGGGCGGCCCUGCCACUGCUGCUGCUGCUGCUGGCGGCGGAGCAGACCGCACGACUCUACACCGUGGUUCAUUACUUUCUCAUCGGCCAUCCCGCCCGGGCCUGGAUGACCCUGUCUCUGUUCUUGCCUGGUGGUCCAGUCCAGUGCCUCAGCUACUUUUGGUUCCGGGCAGACGGGGUCCGAGGCUGUCCCCUGAUGAUGGUGCAUCUUCUGCAGCUGGGAAUAUGGAAGCGGCACUGGGACUCCGUAAGGGCAGCGGUGUCUCACGAAAGGGGGUCUUCCCGACUGGGACAGUUGUGGCUGCAGGAAGGAGAUCUGUCCGGUCUGCGCCUCCUGGAAGCCCUGCUUCAGACGGGGCCUCACCUGGUGCUGCAAACAUACGUGUUUCUCGGAGGGGGACUAAAGGACGCGGUCCCAGGGGUGAGUGCUCUGCUCUCCUGGUUGUCGCUGUCCUGGGCUCUAGUUUCUUAUGCCCGUUUCACCUACCUGCUGAAGCCGGGUCAUCUGGCCAUGCCGUGGGCGGCCUUUUUGUGCCAGCUGUUGUGGAGGAUGGGCAUGCUGGCCACUCGGGUCACCACUCUGGUUCUUUUUACCCAAGUCUACCAUUUUUGGGUCUUGCUGGUUGCAGGUGGCCACUGGUUGGGGAUGACCGUCUGGCUCGUGGCCCAGCAGAGCGACAUCAUCACCAGCAUUUGGCCCUGGAGGCUAUUCAACCUGCUGGCGGGAGCCCUGUAUGUCUUCUGCUACAUGAAUUUCUGGGACAGCCCCUCCAGAAACAGACUCAUCAUGUUCUACACGGUAAUGCUAAUAGAGAACGGAGUCCUUUUGCUACUGGCCACAGACUUUCCCCAGGGGGCUUCUUGGCGCAGUGCAUGGAUAAUUGCGGCGGUCCUGUCCGGAUUUGUCAUAGGCUGUGCCUCCCUGAUAAUUUAUUACAGCCUGCUACACCCCAAAUCCACCGAAAUCUGGCAGGGUUUCCGAGGGAAGUCCCGGGGCGCUUCCGGGAAAGGGCUUUCUUUCCCGUCGGCCGGUCUGUCCGAGGAAAGCUUAGAGACUCCGGCCUUCGCAGAGCGCGGCCACGCAACGUCCCCGAGGAACUGCUCCAUCUCUCCCUGGGGCGCGUCAGUUGAAGAGUCACGGAGUCUCCCUUCGGGGAAGGAGGGUCUCGGAACCCACCACCACUGGCUCUUAGUGAGGUUGGCCUUGAAGACGGGAGACGUGUCCAAAAUCAAUGCAGCCUUUGGAGAGGGUGACAUCGGCAAUGUUUUUCUAGCCACCCGGGGAGUAAAUCAAGAUUGGGACCCGCGCCUGUCGGAUUCAGAGAGGGGCUUUUCUGGCCUUCGGAGAAAUGGACCGGUAGCCCAGGGGACUCCAGGGAAAGCUUCAGAAGCCCAGGACAGCCCAGAAACCAAAGGAGAACGGUUGGACGCUUCAAGUUACCUCACCCUUCCGAGCAGCCAGUAUGACAACAUGACAAUCCCAGACGCACGGCUAUCUGAUCGUGAACGUCCCGUGAAGGAGAGGGGCACCCAGGGGUUGGCAGGGGGCUUCUUGGUGAGCGAGAGGAAUCAGGAGGGAGGAGAGACAGGCCGAAACCCACCCCAGCCGUCUGGGAGGAGUGAUGAUGCGGAAAGAUGUGGUGAACGAGCAGGAGCCGAGAAGAGGCAGGAGAGCACCACGUUUUACUACACCGCCCCGACGGAAGGGAGUGGGUCUCUCUACUGGGGUGGCAAACCGUCAUUGGGGCCUACCACAACCACACUGGGCCCCAAAAAGGAUAGCCAGACAGGAUCGAGGGCAGACACCGGGACGUCUCCAGUCUCCCUGUCCGGCCUGAGCCCAAUACUGGGCCGGGCCUCGGUCGGCAGCCGGAGACGCAGUAUGGAUCUGGGGGAGGGCGGCGGGUGCGCCUUGCCCACAGCGUCCGCGGACGCUUCGCAAGAAGGGCAUUGGACGGUUGAGGGGCACCAUCUUGGAUCAGUGGGGGCUUGGGAGUCUUCAGAGAAUAGCGCGCUGGAGACCGCGGAGGAGCCGUGCUUCACGUCUACCCCGAAAUCUCAAUCUUCCAAGCAGGGCUGCGAUUGGAGGGAGAGACUGAAACGAGAAAACAGCGUGCUCUUCUGAAAGCCAAACGUGGCGUGAUCUUCUCUGUUAAUGCGGCAAGGAUGUUGGUUGGUGGUGAGAAAUUCCUGCCCACCUUAGAGUCUUGGAUCCCUUCACAUCCAUUCCACCCCUCCUCCUGGAAAUGAAAGGCAGAUCAGACAAUCCCAUCUCCUCUAAUGGAGAGGGUCUGUACUCAAGGAAUACGUGUCUCCCUCUC